AUGACUUUCAACCCAGAAAUUCAAGGCAACCAGUUCAUGCCAGGAACAGCCGCCUAUACACAGGCAAACGACUUGUACGCUACGUCCACUUAUGGAGAGGAGCACGACAUGAACCCUGGAGCAAUUUUGCAGCCCACGAGUAUCGAAGAUAUCCAGAAUGUUGUCAAAUAUGCCAAUUCUACUGGCAAGCCGAUUGCCAUUAGAAGUGGAGGCCACCAGUACAGUGGUGCAUCCUCAACUGGUCCUAAUGGCAUCCAGUUGGACUUGAAACCUACCUUCCGACAACGCAAGCUUGAUCUGCAACUGAUCCGUGAUACUAUCAACGACAAGGUCUAUAUCAAAUCAAGUGUCAGCUGGACCUUGUCUGAAUUCUACGACUUUCUUGUGGACAACGAGGUAUUCCUACCAACAGGACAGUGUGCCACGGUUUGCCUUGGAGGGCACGUCCAGACAGGCGGUUAUGGAAUGCUUGCUCGAUCCUUUGGCCUGUUGGGCGAUUAUAUCGUCGAACUUGAGAUUGUAGAUUACAGCGGCAAUGUAGUCAAAAUUACCAAAGAAACCCAUCCCGACUUGUUCUAUGGAUUUCUUGGUGGCAGCCCUGGCAACAUGGGAGUUUUGACGCAUUUCAAGGUCGAAGUCCAAGAAGAUCGGAAGUAUCAAGGUUCCAAGGGACUAUGGAUGGCUUUUCCCUACAAACCGGACACAUUGAAGUAUCUCCUUGACAUUCUCGUGGAGAAGGGAGAGGAUCCAAAUUUAGAGCGCAGCUACGACUUCAACGUCAACGUCCUCAGCAGGCAGACAAACCUUUUGGACCUGUUCCCCGGCCCAGAAAGCGAACUGAAGGAAAACUUGCCAAACGAAAUUCAUGACGGCAAAGAUCACAUAGCCGAUCUAUUCAAGUUCAAGUAUGCACUCAUCGUUGUGUACGCGCAAUGGGUUAAUUUCGGGACGGAUACCUAUUCACCUGACCUGUUCGACCGAAUCAGGAGUAUUCCCCACUUCUUGAAGUUUGGCAAGGAGACCCCUGAAGGAUAUCCAAUGUCGAAAAUCACAUCAUGGUGGCUCUUCAGAAGUCCACGCGAGUUCCCCCACCCAUACGUUAAGCGCACCCAGACGACCAAAUCAACCACGCUUUCCAUAGACGGUUGGUCCGAUUGGUUCUCUGGGCGCAUCGAUGAGGUUCUUUCUGAGGAGGAUAAUGGCCUAUGGGUAUCCUCCCAGUUGCAGGCCAUGGGCGGAACAAAUUCAAUGUUUUGGAAGAAUGCCAAUAAUGGCACGGCUUAUAGCUGGAGGGAUGCCACCCUUGCCGGCACUUGGGACAUCUUCUACCAAGACACUCAGAACAAAGCCGAUGAAUGGCAGGCUGAAAACGAUAAGGGGUCACUUAUUCACUUUAGCAAGGACGACCGCCGCCUCCUCUGGGGAUCUUAUGGUGAUUGGGACAUGAAGAAUGUUUGGCAGUAUUACUACGAUCCCAAAACAUAUCAGAAGCUGCAGCAGAUCAGGAAGCAAGCUGACCCAAAGGGCAUAUUCACUGCCAAUCCAUUUUGUGUAGAAGCGGCCAAGUAA